AUGAAGCUUAACAUCGCCUACCCGCGGAAUGGCACUGUAAAGCAGUUUGAUGUGACCGACGAGGUUCUCCGCCGCAUUAACCUGAACGAUUACCGCCUGGGCAACGAGGUUAAUGGUGAAAUUUUUGGCGAUGAGUUUAAGGGCUACACGUUUAAGCUUCGCGGCGGGUCUGACAAAGAUGGAUUCCCCAUGGUGCAGGGUGUGAUGGCUUCCAGCCGCGUUUCCCUCCUUGUUAAACGUGGCGCCGUUGGCUUCAACACCUUUCGCGGGUACCAAGGUGAGCGCCGUCGCAAGUCUCUUCGUGGAUGCGUAUUGGCCAACGAUAUUGCCGUUCUUAACGUCACUGUGGAGAAAACCGGUAUGCAGCCAAUUGAGGGCGUGACAGACACUUCUCUUCCGCGUCGUCUGGGGCCUAAGCGUGCGAACAACAUUCGUAAGCUCUUUGGCCUCUCCCGCGAUGACGAUGUCCGUAAGUACGUUGUUCGCCGCAAGGUGUCAAAGGAGGGUAAGAAGGACAGGUUUAAGGCACCAAAGAUUCAGCGUCUCAUCACGUCCACGAUCAGAGCUCGCCGCGCCAAGAAAGCCAAGCUAGCAGUAGAGAAGGUGCGUCAGUCAGCACAAGAACGUCGGGAAUAUUUGCGACUGAUUGGUAUCCGUCGUCGUGCCGCUCGUCAGCGCAAAACUGCCCGUCUGCAUGCGCAUAAGGCUGCCGCUCAAAAGACGGAGGUCACUGUCUUCAAGGGGAAAAAGUAA